AUGUCAAUUGACAACGAUUAAUUGUUUCAGAACUUAGACUCAAUAAUAACCAUUGAUUUUAAGUAGCUAAAAUAGACACUUACUGAGCUUUACAAGGGCUAGAAAAAACAUCAAGACACCAUUUUAGAAAUAUUAUCAGUAAUUUACAACAGAGACAGAGAAGAGGAGAUGUAUAGAAGGCUUGGACUGCUCGAGGGCAAAACAAAUGCUUAAAAUGAAACGAUCAACAAUUUACAAAAUAAAAUUAUUGAAAUAGAGACCAAGGCUUUUUCAUCUGAAUAGGGUAUUAAUGGGAUCUUAGAUGAAUUCAAGAAGCAAAAUGUCUAAGAUAGAGCUUAAAUUGAUAAUUUUUGCACAGAUUUGAUUACACUAAAGGAAUAUAUGGUCAAAUUUGAUAACUUUAAUGACGAAUAUGAAAUGAGACAAAGAAUCAUCAAUGAUAAGUCAGACAAGUUUUCUUUGGACAUCGAGUAGGCUAAUGUUGAAAUCAAGCAUUUGAUAGAAGAAGCUGAAUUCUUGAGAUCAUCUUAUGAUGUUUUAAAGAGGAAAAACUCAAUCUAGCCAAUGAUCUAAGUACAAACAGAGGAAGAUAAGAUGAGUUCAGUCUAAAGAUCGUUGAAGCAUGAUUUACUGCCAACCCUGAGUGAUUAACCUACUCGUAAUAUGCCUUUAAGAAAUGAUUAUUCAGCAGCAGAUAGUACUCUCAACAACUAACUUUUGGUAAUGGAUCAGAGAAUCUUUGAACUUGAAAAGAUAAUUAAUCCAGGGCAAGCACAAAAUGGCAGAAUCUCAGCAGCAAGUAUAAAUACUAAUGAGGAUGCUUAUCAUAUGGAAAAGGAAAGUUUUAAGAAAAAGAAAGAGAGUGGUUUGUUCUUAAACAUAGACCAUACUGACAGAAAAUCCUUUCCUUCAAUUGAUAGACAGACUAGAGUUAAUGACGACAUAUUAUAGGAACUUUACAACAGGUAUACGUUGCUACUUGAUGAAUUAAACUCUUACAAAUCUAAGAUACUUUACUUCCUAUAAACUGAAGAUAAUGAUCAAAAUCCAGUAUUUUUGAUUGAAAAACGCAGCUUGAAUUAUAAGGAAAGAAUUUCCAAACUAGAAGAGUAUUAGGAGAGACAGCGAGAUGAGAACUAAACAAGCUAAGCUGAGGUCAAGAAUAUUUUGGGAUUAAUUAAGGGCAUUUCAGAUGAUAUUUUUCUUCUGAAUCAUACUAAUAAGGUCUAAAAAGAAACUAACGAAGAGGUUACAGCUAAGCUUGAUCACUUCGACUCACUUCUCAUUGAUAAUGAAAGGAUUAUUAAGUUGGCGAACAUCUAUACAGAUGAUUGUGUUCAAAAUUUUAAGAAAAAUCUUGAAACUCAGUUCAGUGAAAUCACUUACAAGAUAAAUAGAUUAGAUGGGUCAAUAGAUGAAUAAAUUGAGAAACUGAAGAGAUCAAAAGUAAACAGAGAAGAGCUACCAGAGCUAGAAGCUUAGAUUAGCAACAGGAUAGAAAUUGAUUUUAUACAUGUAAUAUUCAUAUCAUAAUAUAUCAUUUAGGAACUCGUGGAAUUCAAAGAUUACUCAACAAAGAAAAUGGAGACUCUAUUUUAGAAGAGCACAAUGCUAUUAGAUAAAUUUAAUGUGGUUGAUAAUUUAACUGAUGACAUACUUAACUUAGAGACCUUUAUUAACCAGUUAAAUCAAGAUAUUGACAGCAUCUUUAAUGACAUUGAGCAACUGCAGCAAGCUUCUUAAUAAGCUUAGUCAUUUUCAAAGGAAGGUGCUCUAAAGCCCAAACCAGAAGUAGAUCUCAACCAUUCUUCCUUUUCUCCAGAGAGAGCAUAAUAAAGAAAACUAAGACAACUACAGUUGAAAUCAAUACCAGGUGCCUCUAAUAAGGAUGGAUCAGUAUCACUGAAUCUUUCUUCUGGAGUCCAAGCAAAGCUCAAGCAACUUGAGGACAAGUUAGACGAAGUGUAUGAUAAAAUGAAAGAAAAGGAAUUCUUAAAUGAAUUUUUUACUUAGUAAGCAGUGAAUGAUCCAAACCCUAUUCAUGUUUCAGACUAGCAUCUCUAAUCUACAAAUUCUGAUGGCUAGCAUAACUCCUAAGGAGUUCCAAAGCAACUAAUUAUGGAGGUAAUGAGUAUCAAGACAAUCACUGGCAAAUAGCAGAUGCAACUAAACAAAAUCUAGAAUUAGAUUAACAUGCUCGAGUCAAAUAAACCAAAGAUAGACUAAGAUAAGAUUCUCAAAAUGUAAAAGGAAAACUAUGAGCUACUGAAGAAGUACAUUGAUGAAGUGAAUCAGUAUUCAAGUGAUCUGUAUCAAAAGCUGUAGGUUAAGCUAAACCUUAAAGCAGACUAGGAUUUAGUUGAGAAAUUUAAACAAAAUGUAGAGGAUAAAGUGCUUACUGAUCUUCACUAAAAGAUGGACAAGAUUGAUCAUAAGCGAAUGUAAAACGCUUUGAAAAAGAAGAUUGAUCAGUUAGAAGACAAAUUGGUAAAGGGAUAGAAAACCAAUUUAAAUAGCUCAUUUGGAAAUGAUAAUGACAAAGGUGCGAGACAACCUCUAUUCACUAAGAAUAACAAUAUAUGUAUAUCUUGCAAUUAGAGCAUUGGUGAUGGGCAUAAGAAAGCACAGUCGAUUGGCCAAGGAGGUGGAUUCAAGCCAAGUACAGUUAAAUAGAAUAAGAAUAUUAUGAAGGAUUUGCAGUAAAUGGCUCCUAAACUCGGUGCUGGAUUCUCUAGAAUACUUAGCAAGCUAGAUAAGCCUGAAAUUGUUGAUAUGCUAAUGAAUAGAGUAGGAAGUAGAGCAGAUCAGUAGACAGGAAGCUUAACAGAAAGAAAGAUACAGCCAGAUGAGACCCAGAAUAAUUCAGUAUUCCUAAACAGCACUUUGUUCAACAACAACAAUUUAAACAAUAAUACGACAGUAAUCUUUAGCCAUCAGUAAAACUGGGCUACUAUGAAUCAAUCAAAAUCUAAUUCCUAGAUGCCAUAGAUGAUGCUCUAAACUCAGCAGAAUUUUAACAAGCAAAAUCUGACAAAUUUAGCACUCUAAAAUUCAAAGACAACAGUUGGAGUUAGAGAUUAAUCAGUUUUAAAUAUGAGAUAGGCUCACUUGAAGAAGAAUAGGAAAGUGGGUUCAUAAGGAUUUACGACUGAAAGAGCCUCAAUGGAGAGAUAGCUUUUAAUGGUGAAUAGUAAUCAUUAUCAACUUAAGCUGCCUCCAGUGCUGUAAAAUGAACAAGCUAACCUUAAUUGA